CCCAACCUUGCCAGUCUGGACUCCCAGUUCCCUGAGGAAAAUAGGACAGUAGGACAUGUUAGGUGAUGAGAGCCUCUAGCCCCUCCUCUCCAGGGCCAGAGCAGAGCAGCAGCAGCAGCAGCUGGAGCAGUGCAUCCUCAGACAAACCUGUGGCUUCUCGCCUCAGCGAAAGCACCGCUCCCGGAGAGCAAACAUGGACCCGACGCAGAAGCCGAAGUCCGAAGCCCUGAAGGCCGAUGUGAUCGUGCUCGGGGGAGGCCUGUCGGGUCUGAGUGCUGCCAAGCUUCUGAAGGAGUCUGGACUGAAUGUGGUGGUCCUGGAAGCACGAGAUCGAGUGGGGGGCAGGACCUUCACUGUCACAGGGCCAAAGUUCAAGUAUGUGGACCUUGGAGGUGCCUACAUUGGUCCAACCCAAAAUGGAAUCCUUAGACUUGCCAAGGAGUUGGGAGUAAAGACGUACUUGGUGAACGAAAAGGAACAUCUUAUCCAUUACACAAAGGGUAAAACUUACACCUUCCAAGGGCCUUUCCCUGCUGCCUGGAAUCCCCUCGUGUAUCUGGAUUACAACAACCUGUGGAGGACCAUGGACAGCAUGGGGAAAAAGAUCCCUGCCGAUGCUCCAUGGACAAGCCCACAUGCAGAUGAAUGGGACCGCAUGACAAUGAAGCAAUUGAUUGACAGGGUCUGCUGGACAAGGGCUGCAAAGGACUUUGCCAGCCUGUUUGUCAAUGUGAAUGUGACAUCAGAACCCCACGAAGUGUCAGCUCUCUGGUUUCUGUGGUACGUGAAGCAGUGCGGAGGGACAAAAAGGAUUUUCUCUACGUCAAACGGGGGACAGGAGAGGAAAUUUGUGGGUGGGUCUGGACAGAUCAGUGAUAAAAUAGCUGAACAGCUGAAGGGCGGAGUCAAACUCAAUCAGCCAGUGGUCAGGCUCUCUCAGGAUGAUGGAGGGGUUUCCGUGGAGACGCUAACUGGAGAGAAAUAUCAGGCGGCGUACGCUAUCAGUGCUAUUCCACCAGGCCUUACCAUGAACAUCCACUACGAACCCGAGCUGCCUCCCAUUAGGAACCAGCUUAUCCAGCGAGUGCCCAUGGGCUCCAUUAUCAAAUGCAUGAUGUACUAUAAAAGGCCAUUCUGGAGAGAGAAGGGCUAUUGUGGUACCAUGAUGAUCGAGGAUGAAAACUCUCCCAUUUCAAUGACCCUGGAUGACACUAAGCCGGAUGGGUCUUGCCCGUGCAUUAUGGGGUUCAUUUUGGCAAGAAAAACUAGAAAACUCAUUAAUUUGACCAAAGAUGAGAGGAAAGAACAAAUCUGCCAGAUAUAUGCCAAGGUGUUGGGAACCCCUGAGGCUCUUCAGCCUGUGCACUACGAGGAGAAGGACUGGUGCGGAGAACAGUACUCAGGGGGCUGCUACUCUGCCUACUUUCCCCCAGGGACCUUCUGUCAGUUCGGCAGAGUCCUGAGAGAACCGGUUGGCAGACUCUUCUUCGCUGGCACCGAGACGGCCACCAAAUGGAGCGGGUACAUGGACGGGGCAGUGCAGGCGGGCGAGCGGGCAGCCAGAGAGGUACUGCACACCAUGGGCAAAAUCCCAUUCUCAGACAUCUGGAUGGAGGAUGCAGAGUCUCAGGAAGUGCCAUCACAGCCAAUCACAGUGGGCCUUUUUGAAGAGUGGCUUCCUUCUGUUCCUGCCUUCUUAUCAACAAUUGGAGUCUCUGCUGUUUUUCUCAGUGCACUGGGAAUUGCCUUACUAAAACCCAAAAUGCGGGUGCAUCUUUUUCACUAAGUUAAUUUUGGCAAAAAAUCAGGUGUGGAGCUUUUCAAUCCCUUUCCCCUUGGCUGUUGUUCUACUGACUUCCUAUGAAGUCAGACAAAUUUCCAAUAUUUUUUUUCCCCAGGAAAACAGCCAUUCAUUACCAAAGAUCCCAUCUAUCCUCUGGCAGGUAAUCAAACAUAAAUUCUGAGAACAAAACACCUUUGUGACAAAGUCAACAUCAGGCAGCCAUGCAUUGAACACGACACCUUUCCAGUGAACGCUGACAUAGAUCCAACCAUCCUAAAUUUACCAGGAGCACAAAGCCUUCGGCCCAUGUCAGUUUUUACAAUACAAUGAAACGCUGUGAAAAUGUCCUGUGGAAACAUCAUGAAUGUAUGCUAAAAUCCAUACACCACUGAAAUUGUUUGUCUAUCGCCUCAAGUCUUAACCUCAAACAAAAGAAAAAAGGGGGAGUUGCACAGGGUUUUUCUCUGGCUCUGAGUUUAUUUUGUCUUACUCAGGUUAACCAGAAGCCUCAUCAUCCCGACCCUGAAAACAGAGAGGUGUUUUGUGCUCUACCAAACAAUAGCAGCGUACAAGAUUAAAUUAGCCGAGAAAAAUACCUGCAAAUGCAUCAUUUCCAUUAACAUGUUUUAUAUUGCUUGGUGUGAUCAGUAAGCUUACUUUAUACUUAACAGCAUUUUUACAGGCUAUAACUGUGUGCAUUUCAAAUUAACAUUUUGAUUUAAAUUAAUUGGCAAAUAGUUAAGAAAGACCAGAAUUAUGACACAGACCACUGGUCCACAGGUCCCCAAUUUAAUUUCUAAUGUCAGCAAGUCUCUCGGUGCAAAUUCAAUGUUUUAAAUAAAAUGUUAGAAAUUCAGGAUGCAUUUUGUCGUCUGCUCGACCCAGUCGAUGGUUAUUCCUCCCCAGUUGAUAGUUCACCCCCAACCCCAUGUCACAAUUCAUCGGGAAUUCCCACCAGUCCUGAAAACUACCAUAAACUCAUGCUUUGGGAGUUUUAAACCUUUAGAGCUCUGUAUUGUGGCAUUACAUAAUAGUAUGUUGAAAAUAAAACAAAUUCUGGUGCUUUUGCCAUGGGACCUGUUGUAGAACAAACCCUUCGUGGGUCCAGGCUAAUACUACACAAUGCAAAGUCUGAAAAUGUGACCAAAUCUUUAUUUCUGCUAAUUCUGCUUACGUAGGAAUGUGAGAAAAUAUUGUACCAGUAAUGCUGGAUCUUUACCUUAUUUCAUGUUCCUUUAUUUCAAUAUACAGUUCAAACCUGUUCAGAUCUCACCACGUUUUUAGUGUUUCUAUAUGCCACUCUCGUGACGCAUACAAAUUAAUACGCUGCUUCGGACACGUAUGUUAAGCCAUUAUUAUCUGAAGCACACUAUUUUAUACAUAUUUUCAAUUAUUAAAAUAUGUUCCAACAUGGUACACAUUAAAGCAUGGAAUAGGUUCUGAAUGCUGGCUGGUAAGAUUGUCCAUUCCUGUCUUGUCUUUUUAUUUUUUAUUAUUAAAACCAGCUGAAGAUUACAUCUGCUUUUAAUUAGGAAUUUGUUGAUUCACAUGUAAUAUUUUAUAUGCCAAAAUAUUUGGCCAUAUCAGUCAAAUACUUGUUUAAAUGUAUGGUACAGUCUAAAUGUGCAGUGUUUUGCUUGUUUAAAUGUGUGGCGAUGACUAACCAGUGUUUUGUGGUACAGUCCUCAUUCCAGUCUACAGUCUGUCAACAUGGACCACUGUUUCAUCAUACAGAAAGAAGAUUUUGUGUGGGUUAUUUAUUAAGCAUCUACUAUAACAACACUGUGAAUAUGAAAUAGAUGAAUCAAUAUUUCCUAGCCAUUGCGGCCUUGGUAUUCUUUACGUGCACUGCCAUUUCAUUUUCUACCUUUUUCUUUUGAUUUCAUAACAGUAAAUUGGUUAAAUUCAACGGAUUACUCAUUCUUGAACAAAUUUAAUCAAACAUUUCAAUCAGUCAGUGAAAUUGUGAACUGUUAGAUUUGGUUUUUUUUUUGUGCUGGAAGACCAUGUCCAACAUCUUGAGAGUUUCAGUGAAAUAUGAGCAUACUUGACUGCAGAUUUUCCCAUCAGAGUGAACUGCUGGCUGCUUCUGUUGUGUCAGUAUUGUUAAAUGACAGGCCUUACAAUUUCAGUGUAACUAAUUUUCUAACUUUUUGUCUUACCUGGGUGCACUGUGCUUUAUGUUAGAAUGAAUGUGCCAUAAGAACUUCCCUGAAGUUCCCCUGAGCAAAAUAAAAUUAUUCUAUUCUAUUUGUGACAUCAUAUGCUACUCAGACCACUGAUAAAAUAAAGCAAAAUGGAUGAUGUCUCUAUGA